AUGGUAAAAUACAAGACCAUUAGAUUGAUGUUAUCAAUAGCAACUGAGCAGGAUCUAGAAGUGGAACAACUUGACGUUAAAACCACUUUCCUCAAUGGGAUUUUAGAAGAAGAUGUGUAUAUGCUACAACCACCUGGUUUUCAAGUGGAACAAGGAAAUCAAAAGAUGGUGUGCAAGUUCAAGAGAUCAUUGUAUGGGCUCAAACAAUCCCCAAGACAAUGGAACAAACGUUUCAAUGGGAAAGUGGUAGAAACAGUGGUACUAAGUGGAUAUGUUGAUUCUGAUUAUGCCUCAAAUAAAGACACUAGAAGAGAGAAAAUAGAAGAAGAAGUGAUCGAGUUGGAAAAGGAAAAGUCUGAGGAGAAUCUUGCUGACAUAAGCACUAAGGUUCUUGCUCAUUUUGCUGGUGGAGAUUUGCUCUAUCUUGAAGAGGGCCUGGUAUUAUUGGUGCUUUCAUUGAUAUUCUUCACCAUGAAAAACGACGAGAUUGGAGCUCUUCUGCAAGCAUUGGACCUCAAAUGGGAGCAACGUUCGGAGUCUCAAAUGGAGAUUUCAAGCUUCUUUUGGAGCAACACACUGCGAAAACAGAGGAAAAAUUCGCCUAGGUAUCUCAAUCUUCAUCUCCAAGCUCUGUUCAGGAGGGUAGUACUGGAUGGGAAUUGGGUCAUGUGGGAGGACGACGUUCGGAUGCGGAGACGGAUAACAACGAUAUCAAUUCCAUUCUCAAAACUUUGA